AUAUUUUAAUAUGUUUAAACAAUUUACAAUUCGUGGUUUGAGAUCAAGCUUUUGUAUAAAGCUAGUGAAACCAUACAGUAAAUCUACACAGCAUGAAGUUAAGAAAAUAGAAAUUCCAGUACCUUGGGGCAAAGUGGCUGGUAAGUUAUGGGGAUCACAAAAUAAACAACCUAUCCUGGCCUUGCAUGGCUGGCAAGAUAAUGCUGCGUCAUUUGAUAACAUAGCACCACUUAUCAUGAAGAAUACACCUGUUCUGGCAAUCGAUUUACCUGGACAUGGUCUAUCUUCAUGGCUACCACCAGGAUUUAUGUAUAGUGAAUUGAUAUACUUUUUGUUAGUCAAAAGAAUUAAAAGAUAUUUUGGAUGGGAAAAAAUAAAAGUAAUGGCGCAUUCCUUAAGUGCAAUGACAACAUAUUGGUAUGCUGCGACUUUUCCAACAGAGCUACAAUAUGUUAUAGCUUUGGAUUUUUUCAAAUUUGUGUCUAUUAGUGUAGGCAAGCAUACUCCUAUAUUUAGAAAUGCAGUUGAUGCGUUUUUUAAACUCGAGGAAGAUUAUGUUCAACCAAAUUACACGCAAAGUGAGAUUAUGAAUAAGAUAUCUACAGGAUAUAUGAUACAUAUGGAUGAAUCAUCAAGUAAAAUACUCAUGAGUAGAGGUGUUACGCAAAAAGAGGAUGGAAUGUAUGUCAUAAAUAGAGAUCCUAGAAUACGAGUUAUGCCCAUCCAUAGUAUGUUUUCGCCAGAACAAAUAGAAGAGUACGCAAAGUUUAUAACAUGCCCAUAUUUAAUAAUCAAAGGAGACAUUAAUUUAUAUGGUGACAACAAAGAACUCUUUUAUAAGACGCUGGAAAUAAUGAGAGCAACUAAUGAUACAGUACAAUUUGAGAUUCUGUCAGCAACGCAUCAUCUUCAUCUCACACAUCCAAAGGACACAGCAGCAAUUAUUAAUCCCUUUUUAGAAAAGUAUGAUUAAUUAUCCACAUGCUCUCAAGACACAAGUAUAAUCACAUCGCUUUAUAAUGGACCAUUGUCAUACUGAAUUCAAAUUAAAUUACGAAAUUUUGGUUUAAGUAUCCAGUUAAAUAUAAUAGACAACAAUUUGUAAUUUUCGAAAAUAGCUUAAUGAUUUAAUAACUGUACACCUUAUUCGUCUAUCUUUUUACAACAUAUUAAUUUGUUUCUACACCGACUCCAAUUUUUGUUACUUGCACAUCGAGGGUGACCUAACCUUAUCGAAACAUCUGUAAUUGAUGUUGGCGAUUGAUAUACUGGGUGUCUCAGACCACCCGUUUUAUCUCGGAAAUAGAGCAUUUUAGAAGAAAACAUUUCAGACAAAAAUUGUGGGGUUCUAAAUGAUCUAUUUAAUGAUCUGAUCAGUCUGACCUUGGGUGGUUUCUAUUAAUGUGAAGUAAUUGUUAAUUCUAUUAAUGUGAAGUAGUUUACGAAAUGUCACACGACAAUUUCGAUAAAAGAAUCAAUAAAUUGAAGAGUUUAGUACAAUAAUGUUUGUAUCACAAUGAUAAUCAUUAUGUAUAUGGUUAAUCAACCAUAAUUUUCGAAUGUCACUUCUACCGAAAAUAUUGUAAAAUUUGUCAAACAAGGAUCGUACUAGGACAAUCUAUGUUGAGUUCAUGGACAUCAGGACUAAUAUAUAAUUAUAAAUUCACUAUAGGAUUAUGGAAUAUGUAAUAACAUAUACACGAUAAUAAUAUGUAAAUUUUGUAACAUUCACUGAAAAGGACUGUUGAAAAAAGGUCAAAACGUUUGAAAUAUUGUUUAUGUGAAGGUUAAUAAAAUAAUUUAAU